AACCCAAAAGAGAGAGCGCGCGAGCAAGAGAGUAGCAAAGCCACCAUAUCCAUCCAUCCCUGCUUGCUGUGUUUUGUGUGUUUUCCCGAAAAGUUUUAGAAAAUUCCCUCGGAAAAAAGGCUGCGGAAAAGGCCAGCUCGAGUGUUGGAAAGAACGCGGAUUAGCGAAUGCACCAGUCGGCAGUGACCAUCGGCGUCCGGAACGAACUGCAGGAUUUGCGAGGGUGGAGGCUAGGCAUCGAGGGCGGGAGUCAGCGGAACCGGUGAAUCGGCAUAAAACACACACACACACACGUACACACUUGUAGAAAGUGCCGGAAGGGGCGAUGGCAGAUAUCAUCUAUCCGCCGGGAUGUCGGCCAAUAAACGAGGACAUGGGUCCGGACGAGUUGAUUCGGCGGCUGAAAACGCUGACACACACACUGCAGGCGAUGGGUCAGGACGAGGGAAUGUACACGCAGUAUAUUCCGCUUGCCGUGCACCUGGCGGACGAAUACUUUCUUCAGCAUGCUUCCAAGGACGUCCAGCUGUUGAUUGCGUGCUGUAUAGCGGACGUGCUGCGGGUUUAUGCGCCGGAAGCGCCGUACAAGGACCAGGACCAGAUUAAGGGCAUCUUUCUGUUUCUGAUCAAGCAGCUGAACGGGCUGAAGGACCCGAAGGAUCCGGCUUUUAAGCGGUACUUUUAUCUGCUGGAGAAUCUGGCCUACGUAAAGUCCUUCAAUAUGUGCUUCGAGCUGGAGGAUUGCCAGGAGAUAUUCUGUACGCUGUUCAGUUUGAUGUUCAAGAUUGUCAACGACGAGCACAGCUGCAAGGUGAAGUCGUUUAUGCUGGAUGUGCUGUGCCCGUUGAUCACCGAGUCGGAUUCCGUUUCGAACGAUCUGCUGGAUUUGAUAUUCAUCAACAUUGUGGAACCGCUGAGGACACAGAAGAAGAACGCGUACCAGCUGGCCAAGGAUCUGAUCGUGAAGACGAGCGACACGCUUGAGUCGUACACGCAGGCCUUCUUCAACCAAAUUCUCAUACUGGACAAGUAUGAAAAGCAGUACCAGAUAAUGCCCAAGAUCUACGACGUCAUCUACGAGUUGAACGUAAUUAGUCCGUCGAUUUUGCUGUCGGUGCUUCCUCAGCUGGAGUGUAAGCUAAAGUCUGCCCAGGAGAACGAACGACUGAAGGCGGUUUCGCUGCUGGCCCGGAUGUUCUCCGAGAAGGAUUCAACGCUGGCCAAGCAGUACGGCCCGCUGUGGCGACAGUUCCUAGGUAGAUUCUACGACAUUGCCGUUCCUAUCCGCAUCAAGUGUGUUCAGAGCACGAUGCACUUUCUGCUCAAUCAUCCAAACCUGAGGAAAGACAUCAUCGACAUUCUGAAGGUCCGCCAGCACGACUCGGACGAAACGGUCCGUUACGAGGUGGUGAUGGCCAUCGUGGAGACUGCAAAGCGAGACUUUCAGAUCGUGUCCGAGUCGGAGGAUUUGCUCGAGUUCGUGAAGGAACGUACGCUGGAUAAAAAGUACAAAAUUCGCAAGGAAGCGAUGAACGGACUGGCGAUGAUCUACAAAAAGUAUCUCAGCGAUAGCAACGUGCCCGAGGCGACGAAAAAAGCCAUCAACUGGAUAAAGGAUAAAAUAUUGCAUGGAUAUUACAUGACCGGGAUCGAGGAUCGACUGCUGGUCGAGCGGCUUCUCAUCACCUGCCUAGUUCCGUAUCAACUGCCGGCCGAAGAUCGUAUGAAGAAGCUGUACCAGUUGCUUGGCACGAUUGACGAAAAUGCCACGAAGGCGUUUAUCGAGCUGCAGAAGAACCAACUCAAGGUGCGACGAAGCGUGGCGGAAUGGAUCAAACUGCACAGGAUCAAGGAGAUCAAUCCGACCAUCCAGAAGGACAUGAACGCCAAGUGCACCAACAUUGCAAAACAACUGCCAGAGCCGGUGAAAGCGCAAGAAUUUCUGCUCAAGUUUAGCGCGCAGAUGCGCAAAGAUCCGAAGCUCAUAUCCGAGAUGGAGACUAUUCUGAAGCGGGACGUGUCCUGCAAAGAGUGCGCUGAUACCAUGGCGAUCGUACUGAAAAAGCUCGGCCAACCGAUCAUGACCAAUACGUACUACAACACGGUCAAGAUGUUGCUCGAGCGUAUCGCCUCCGUCAUGGUCGACAAACAAUCAAUCGGAAUCCUGAUCGAGCUCAUACAGGAAUGCAUGAACGGAUCGGAAGUGAUUGACGAAGUCAGUCUACCCUCGGAAUCGGCGGGCGAGCGUGGCCUCAAGCUGUUGACCGUCCUGGCGUACGUAUUUUCCGCGCACUUCCAACACGAAGAGAUUCUGCGCCACAUGAUCGGCUUGCUCAACUUUGACGAGGAAUACGUCGCGCCGUACGUGCUGAAGGCCUUCACGUACCUGGGCCGCUACAAGCCGCUGAUUGAGUCGCACCUCGAAAUCAUUAAAGAACUGGCCCCGAUCUGCAAGGAGUUUGCCGUGGCCGGGUCGCCGAAGCAGGCCAAACACGCAAUUCGCUGCAUGUUCGUCAACACUCAGUCCGGCGAUCCGAGCGUCGAUCCCAGCAUAGACAUCUUCCCGGACAUUGUGGAGUCGUUCAAGGGUACGCUCAACCCAGACAACGAACACUACCGGACGGCGAUCGUCAGCCUCGGUCACAUUGCGUACAACCUGCCGGAAAAGUUCCACGUACAAAUCAAGAACAUAAUCUCGCGUAAAAUCGUCAAAGAACUGCUCGUGAAGGAAGCGUCCGAAGGUCGACCCGAGGGCCUCAGCUCGGACUGGUGCGACGAAGAAGAUCUCCCCGAGGAAACCCGCUGCAAGGUGGAGGGACUCAAAACGAUGGCACGUUGGCUGCUGGGCCUCAAAAAGGACGUCCUUUCGGCCCAAAAGACGUUCCGGAUGCUGAACGCCUUCAUCAGCAAAAAGGGCGACCUGCUCGAGCAGGGGACGCUCUCGUCGGCGGAGAAAUCCUGGCUGCGGCUCAGCGCCGGCAAAGCGAUGCUCAAGAUCUGCGAGCAAAAGGGCGUCGGUGAUCAGUUCAUCGCGGAGCAGUUCUACAACCUGUCCCAGCUGAUGUCCGAUCCGGUGCUGGAAGUUCGGGACAUCUUCGUCAAGAAGCUGCACAAGGGCCUCAACAAGGGCAUCCCCCACAAAUGUCUUCCGCUGGACUUUAUGGGCUUUUACGUGCUGGGCGGACGGGAACCGGACAGAAAACUACAGCAGCAGAUCAAGUCGAACAUCGAAACGGACGUCAACCGAAGAAGGGAAUACGUCAAGACCUUUGCCACCGUGGAACGCGCCAUGUGCCAGCUGCCGCACAUCCUGCCCGACUACAUGCUGGUGUUUGCCGUCCCAGUAUUGACGCACGAUCCGCGCUUCACGCGGCACACCGACCCGGUCCAGCUGCGCCAGAUCGAGCGCUGCCUGUGGAUGAUCCUCGAGCCGCUCGUCAACAACAAGGAGUUCUUCUGCUUUGGCUUCUACAAGAACCUGAUCGAGCGGAUGAAGAACCACAAGGAUUCGCUCAAACCGGACGACGAGGACACCAACAAUAAACUGUGGGCCAUCUGCGACAUUGCCCUGGGGCUGAUUCUGACCAAAGUAAACACGUUCGACGCGCGCGAGUUUCCCGUGGACGCGCGCAUCCCCUCGAUGUACUUCCAAGCGCAGCCCGAAAGUUUCCACAACGACCGGCUGUACAUCCCCGAGGACAUGUACCACCUGACGGGGUCGUCCUCGUCGGCGCCCGCGAAAAAGACGCUCGCUGGGGACCGCAAAAAGCCGACCACUUCGAAGAAUGCGCUGAACCACGAAGGCAACGGCGGAACCAGCGAGGACAAUGUCGGCAUCGAUUCCGGCGCGGACGACGACGAACCGCCGACGAAAAAGAUGCACAGCAGUAGCAACGAGGACGACUAACGAGCUCUAGCAAGGUAACUAAAACACACACACAGACACAUUUUUAGAUUUAACCCAAACCUCUAACGUUAAGGCCAGAAAGUUGAUCUUUUUCAAAAAGGUUGAGAUGAUGAAAAUAUAAAAUCUAAAUUUGCCGUGGAGAUACACAUUUUGUGAACGGAGAAAUAUUACAAUUAUGUUUUCUGA